AGCAAGCAAGUGCUCACUCGCUCAUCUUCUUCUUCUUCUUCUUCUUCUUCUUCCCCUGGGCAUUAGCUGAAGAUCGAUGAGCCGCGGCGCCCAGAUGAAGAGCUUUGUCAGGGUCCUGAUCCUCGUGCAGGUGGCCGCCGCCCUGCUGGCCGGCGGCCCCGUCGCCGCCGAGCUGAGCAUGGGCUACUACGGCAUGACCUGCCCGUUCGCCGAGUACAUCGUCCGCAACGUCGUCAGCGAGGCCCUGGCGAAGGACCCCACCCUCGCCGCCGGCCUCCUCCGGCUGCACUUCCACGACUGCUUCGUGCAGGGCUGCGACGCGUCGGUGCUGCUGGACUCGACGGACGGCAACACGGCGGAGAAGGACGCGCCGGCGAACCUGAGCCUGCGCGGCUUCGAGGUGAUGGACGCCGUCAAGGAGGCCCUGGAGGCGUGGUGCCCCGGCGUGGUCUCCUGCGCCGACGCCCUGGCGCUGGCCGCCCGCGACGCCGUGUUCAUGGCGCGCGGGCCCUACUACGGCGUGCCCCUCGGCCGCCGCGACGGCACCCGCUCCGUCGCCUCCGACACCUUCCUGGCGCUCCCGCCGCCGCUCAAGAACCUGACGCUCCUCAUCCAGAUCUUCGACAACGUCGGGCUCGACGUCCACGACUUGGUGGCGCUGUCCGGCGGCCACACGCUGGGUGUCGCGCACUGCGCCAGCUUCAAGGACCGGCUGCAGGCGGAUGCGGAGACGCUGGACUCGUCGCUGGCCAAGUCGCUGGGCUCCGCCUGCGGGGGCGGCGACUCGGGGACGACGGCGCCGUUCGACCGGACGAGCACACGCUUCGACGGCGUGUACUACAAGGAGCUGACCUCGCGGCGGGGGCUCCUGAGCUCGGACCAGACGCUGUUCGAGUCGCCGGAGACCAAGGAGAUCGUGAGCAUGUUCGCCAUGUACCCGGACUACUUCUUCUAUUCGUUCCAGCAGGGGAUGUACAAGAUGGGGCAGAUCAACCUCAAGGAAGGCGACGAGGGCGAGAUCAGGAAGACAUGCAGGGUCAUCAACGACUCCUCCUAAUAAUCGAUCCCAAGUACUCUACUUUACAUACUACAUGCAGGCAGCUCGUCUAUACUGUCGGACGAUCUGUUUGCAUUGUCAACAAUCAAGUGUGUUGUGUGUGAAAUCAUCGUGUGCUUAUAGACAGUAAGUAGGUGCAUGGCUUGUGUAAAAGUAAAACAAGCAGGCAUGGCACUGGUGUGCCCAGCAUGCAUCAAGGUAGAAGCUAAGGAAGCUGAAAGCAAAUAAUGGGGUGGUGGUGUAAUAAUAUAUAAAUUUAUGUAUUGUGAAAAAUAAUAUAACUGGAUAAUCAAGGAUUUGCAAAAA